AUGGCCGACGCUAACGCCCUCGCAUACUUCGAGGCUCAAAAAAGCCAGUUCGCCGCCGGCCUUCACGCGCUCGCCGAGCAUCUUCGCGCCUGUGCCGGGCAAGCCGAGGGAUUCGCCCAGUUCGUAAAUGCGUCUUCGAUCCCCAACGGCCAAAUCGUGCUCGACCCGAACUUCAUUCCCAACGCGCAAGCUGCCGUCAACGGCGUCGCGACCGCACUCGCCGCGCCUGGCAAACCCGGCCGCAAGCGCAAGAACGCGGCGCUCAUCGACGGUGUCGAGGCCACACCUGGCAAGCGCCGUCGCGCGGUCAAGGAGAAGGAUCCGGACGCGCCGAAACGUCCGGCGUCAAGCUAUUUGCUCUUCCAGAACGACGUCCGCGUUCAGUUGAGGGAGAAGCAUCCCGAGAUGGCGCACCACGAGAUCAUGACGCGCAUCUCGCAGCUGUGGGCAGGUCUGCCGGCGGAGGAGAAAGAGGUGUAUGAAAAGAAGCAUGCGGGUAUGAAGGUUGACUACGAGACGCCCGCCGCUACGCCUGCGACUGCUGUCGCGACCGAAUCGGACGUCGAAAGCGACGUGACGCCCAGUAGCCCCCUCCCCGCAAUCGCAACUCUUCCUCAAUCAAACGGCAAGCUCACAAAUGGUCACGCCGCGCAGCCUCCUGCUCCCGCAAAGAAACGUGCCGUUCAGGAAUCAGAGUCGGAAGAAGAGGAGGACGAGGCGGUCGAUGACGACGAGGACGAGGAGGAAUCGGACGAGGAACAGGCGCCGCCGAAGAAGAAGUCGAAAUCCACUCCUGCUCCUGUACCCGUUGCCGCGCCCGUACACAAGAAGCGCAAGAACAAGGAUUGA